CCCCCGAUCCGCCCGUCACCCUAAACCCCAGACACUAACCAACCGAGGAACCUCAGCGCCCCGCAUUACCCAGGUACACAACUCUCGCACCUCGGAGGCACAAGUCAGGCGGUCUUGAAACAAACCGGGGCUGUAAUCAUAGAUAUUCCAGGGCGCGGACGGGAUGGUAGGUAUUGAGAAUUCAUCGAGUUUGAGUUGAACUUUGAUUUUCCUUUUAUCCGUUCGCUCUUGUUCCAGUCGGUGUCUUUGGGAGGUUCAGGCUGCUAUAACUCUGUAUAGCAAGAUGACUACGAUUGUGGAGAAGACGAAAGAUGGGAUCAUCUAUCGCGCUGCAAAGACGUACCCCAUCCCGGAUGUAGACAUUCUGACUCUGCUCUUCGAGUCCGAACACUCCCUCGGCAGAGAUGACACCGUCAUUCACCUUUGCGCCGCCGAUCCUACCCUCCAACUAACCGUCUCUCGCUGCCGAGCCCUGUCCGAAGCCACCACCUCUGCCCUGCGCAGACACUUCGGUAUCGGCGCCCAAGGUCCCGGGAAGGACAUUGUUUCCGUCAUCUCGACAGGACAUUAUCUCCUCCCUGCACUAUUCUACGGCAUCAUUGGCGCCGGGGGUGUCUUCUCUGCGGCCUCUGCGGCUAGCACCGCAGGGGAGCUGAGUAAACAGAUUCAGGGCGCGGAGAGUAGGAUACUGUUUGCGGUGGAGGCGACACGGGAGGUAGCAGUGAAGGCGGCGGAGGAGGCCGGGUGGGGUGUUAAUGGUGGAGGACGCGUUCUCAUUAUGAGCGAGGGGAAAGAGUGGGAACUGCGAGCCGUGCAGGAGGACGGUAGUCUUGGACGGAAUAUCGUCGAUGAGAGGCAGAGGUUGACGUGGGAGAGGAUUACGGAUCCGAAGGCUCUAGAGGAGAGUCUGAUUAUUUUGAUUUAUAGCUCUGGGACUACGGGGUUGCCGAAGGGCGUCAAGCUCUCGCACCGCAACGUCGUGGCCGAAGCCGUCAUCCCUGGUAAGAUGUUCAGGGAUUGGAUCGCCGACAAACCCUCAUUCGAAUACCGAACGCUCGCGCACCUUCCCGUCGCCCACAUCGCCGGAAUCCAGGGCUACCUCAUCAACCCGUUCUACAUGGGCGGCCCCGUCUACUGGAUGCCCAAGUUCUCCUGGCCCGAGUUCCUCGCAUGCAACAAAAAGUACCGAAUCACCUUCUUCUUCACCGUGCCGCCCAUCUACCUGUUGAUCGCGAAGAGCCCCGAGGUCACGGAUCAGUUUGCGAGCAUGCAGAUUGCGAUUAGCGGCGCGGCGCCGCUGGGCAAGGAGCUGCAGCAUGCGGCGAGCGCGAAGCUCGGCGGUCCGGAUUGCUUCAUCAGCCAGACGUGGGGGUUGAGCGAGACGACGGGGUCCGCGACCGUGAUGCCGUACGGGAUGCAGGACGAUACGGGCUCCGUGUCUCCGCUGAUCCCGAACAUGCUGGCGCGCAUCAUCGACGACGAGGGCAGGGACGUCGAGCCGGGUCAACCUGGAGAAGUACUCGUCAAGGGCCCUGUCGUGUGCAAAGGGUACUACAAGAACGAGGCGGCGAAUCGGGAGAGCUUUACUGGAGAUUGGUUCCAUACGGGCGAUAUCGCGGAGUUCCGCAAUGGGCUGUUUUACAUUGUCGAUCGCAAGAAGGAACUCAUCAAGUACAAGGGCUUGCAAGUCGCGCCGGCGGAGCUGGAAGCGCUGCUGCUGAACCACGACUUGAUUCUCGAUGCGGCCGUCAUUGGCGUCGAUACGGAGGAUGGCACAAACGAGGUUCCCAGGGCGUAUGUGGUUGCUGAUAAGAACAAGAUCAGCGAGGAGGAGAUCAAGGAGUAUGUGAAGAGGAAUGUGGCGAGUCAUAAGCAGUUGAGGGGUGGAGUGGUGUUUCUGGAUGCGAUUCCAAAGAGCCCGAGUGGGAAGAUUUUGAGGAAGGACCUAAGGGUUUUGGCGAAGAAGAUGGCCGGGGCGAAGUUGUAGGGUUUUUCUGCCUCCCUGGGUCCCGUGGCGCUGAGAGUGAUGCGGAGGAUGGGAUUCGGAUGGUCAUGCAUCAUAGACUCUGUGGCUUUUACUUGGACAGCUGAGCUUUUGUGUUGGAUACUCCCAAGUUGGGUCCCUGAGCGGGUUGCUGACCCUGUCGAGUAAACAAGAGUUUGCGCUAUCGACAACUGGACUAUGCCCGCAGCGUGACAUGCCUCUCUUCCUCAGUUAUUCAAUGACAGGAGGCGCGGUCGUUGAGGUAGAUCGUCGU